AUGGAAUUGGAAAAAGCUUUAAACUUUUAUAAAUUUUAUAUAAAGAUUAAUCUAUCUUUUGCAAAAGAAGAAGAAGUCAGAGUCAGAGUCAGAAUCAAAAAAAGGAGUCAGAGAUCAAUGUCAAAUACAUAUAGGUCAUUGUAUACCACCACACGUGUGGCGUUUUUGCUACUUUGUUUGGCAUUCAUACUAUCUUUUUCAACAUCACAAGCAGCGGUCCAACAAUCAACUCUACCAACCGACGAAUUCAAUAGUGUAGCUUAUCUAUUCUACCAAUACGGUAUUGGUGCCUUUACAGUACCAUUAAAUGACCAAACAUGUAAUUUUUCUCUCAACUCUUGGCAACCCGUCAAAUGCCUAACUAUAGAUGGACAAGUUCAUGUUACUCAAAUAAAUAUUGAUGCAACCUAUUUCACAUAUCAAGCACCAACUGGACAACUAAAUCCAAUGAUGUUAUCAUUACCGUACCUACUUACAUUCCGAGUCAAUCAAAUUGUUACAGUCACCAGUCCCAACGUUCAAAUCAUCGAUUUUUUCCAUACACUCUACAGGAUCCAAUCGAUUGAGUUCUAUGCAGACCCAACGAUUACAGCCAUACCCAAUGAUUAUUUACCAGCUACAUCUUUUCCAAGUCUUCAAUCCAUUACAUUUCAAGGAAACAAAAAUUUAGUAUCACUUGGUAACUUUUUCAAUGGAACAGGUGCUCACAUUAUGAUGAUUCUAAACAACCCACUUUUAGUAAUUCAAUUAACUCAAAGUAAUAUCUUGUUGAAGAAUUUGAACACUCUUGUUUUAAGUUUUUCAAAGCCAAGUAGUUUGUUUGUGUAUGAGAGUUCUUUUCCAAAUUUAAAGUCUCUCUCAUUGGAUGCAGUCAAUAUUCCUGCUCCAAUGCCAGUCGUAAUCAAUAGUUCAGUAUUAUCUGAUUUUUCAAUAACAUUAGCUGGAGCCAAUACAAGUAUUAAUCCCUCAGACUUGGGUCAAUACAGAUCACUAACAUUAUUUAGAGCAACUUCAAUAAUACAAGAUUUGUCUGGGUUUACAUCAAUAUCAUCUUCUUUGGUUCAAUAUAAUGUAGCAAAUAAUAAUUUGGCAACAUUCCCAUACGAAAUAUUUAGUGGAACCAGAACACUUGCAUUUGAUGCAUACAAUAAUUAUCAACUAUCAAGUCCAAUCCCACCUCAAUUCUGUACAAACAAGAUUGACAUUAGAAAUACAUCGAUUACAUCGGUUCCCGAUUGUUUUUGGUGUUAUCCAUCGGCAAUGAAAUCAGACUUGGUAGCACCUCCCGGAUUUGGCUGCAAACCAACUCUCAACACAACCGGUGUUUUACCAUCAUUGGGUGGAUUUGUAACCUUGAUUGGAUCAAAUCUUGGAUGGGCAGAAGGUAACCCUAAUCUAUCAACUUUAAUCCCAAAUUCAAAGAUAUUAUACCGAUAUUUGACAAUAGGAUCACCUGAAGAUGUUAUCAUUCAUUUAUCACCAUCAGUUGCAAUUGGCGCAUCGGUUAUAUAUGCUGAUAUUACUUGGUCAACCAUCACUCACAUCAUUACACCCAAUGGUGGUGUCAUUUUAGCGUACCAAUCGGUCGUUUAUAAUCCCUAUCUUUCGCAUUCGGUUAGUUUGAUUAGCCAAGACAAGGGAAUCACCAAUAUCAAAUGCACAAUCAUUUCCAACGUAUCUUGUGAAGUUCCCAUUAUUAAUGGUGGAUCUUAUGAACUCAUUACAUCCAAUCAAUAUAGAACUGUUAAAACUUUUAUUAAAAUUGAUACACCAAUUUCAUAUCCAUUAGUAACAUCAGCACAAUUAACAGGAUUACAAUUAUCGAUAAAUGGUGAAUUUGGAAUUUCGCAAGCAGUAAAUAAUAUUGUAAAAUUAAAUAAUACAAUGAUAUGUACUAUAACAAGUAAAAAUCAAACGGUUAUUGAAUGUACUUUAUCGGGAUCCCCAACACCAGGUCUAGCAUCACUUCAAGUGAUUGUCGACGCCAACCCAAUUUCACUCAGCAAUAUGGUCUCUGUUCCAUUCCCACCAUCAAUAGAUUUAAAACAAAAGUGUAUCCAAGAUACCUUAAAUUGUUAUGGUCAUGGUCAAUGUAAUGAUUUAGGAAUAUGUCUAUGCGAACAAAAUUAUUAUGAUAAUUGUAGAUAUUUUAAAAAUCCAAAUGUAACAUUUGUUCAAAAUGAUACAAAACCAGUUGCAACAUUUGAAUUGGAUGGAUAUCAAUUCUUUUUCUCAUUGGUUGCAAUUCAAGAAUUGGAUGCUGAUGAUAAAAUAGUUCAAGAAUUAAUUACUGAUAAAUGGAAUGUUACUGAUUUAUCAGGUGAUGAUCUUACAUCACUCCAUUACAGGCUAUUGAUCAAUUCAACAUUGUAUCCUACUCUAUCACCAGUUGUCAAUGUUACAUCAUUGAUUGAAUAUUCAACACAAGAUAGACAAUUACCAUUUGGUGAUAGUAUGGUAUCAGUCGGUGCAAAUAGUAUUAAAGUUGGAGUAAAUGUUACUGGAUGGCAAUACCGAUCGAUUUUAUCACAUCUCAGAGUUGUAUUCUCGACGAUUGUCAAUAAUGAACAAAAAACCAUUCAAUCAUGUUCAUCGAAUGAUAUUCCAACAUUUGAAGAGAUCCUAGGAAGUGAUAGUUAUUUAAGAGUUAUCAAGAAUAAUACACAAUUCUAUGGUCGUUUCCUUUCCUAUUCCUAUUCAGAUGGUAGAAAGACAUUUUCAAGAAAUGAAUUAAUUAAUCAAACUAGUAUCAUUGGCAAGAGUAAUGAAUCAUUGGCGUUGAUUGGUGUACAUAUACCUCAAUGUGCUUCAUGUCUAUUAGACCCUGAUUUUAGUGCGUUGGUAGUAGGUCAAGACAAAGAGUCAAACCAAGAUUGUUCAUCAAAAUCAUCAAACACUUGGAAAAUUGCUGUUGGUGUAGCAGUUGGUGGUGCAGUAUUAAUAGCAUUAAUAAUUGGAGCGGUAGUCUAUUUAAAGGAUAAUUUGGUUUCUUAA